AUGUAUCGUUACGUUAAAAGCACGUUGUACAUCGGCAUACUUUUUCUCAUAAGUAUUGGAAUCAGUCAUCAACAGGAGGAGGACAUUCCACACAAUGAAGUGAGAAACUGGGCACUUAAGUUUGGUAAUUACCAUGGGAUGAAUGCAGCUGUGAAUAAAAAAGAUGGUCUAGUUUUGGUACGUGAAAUGGCAGCGGAAGUCAAAAAUAUGAUGGACUUUAAGAUGAAUGCCGUUAUGAGAUUGAUGGAAAGUGCGGAGCAAGCUGCAGUAUCAUCGCCAAGGGACCCAACUACAUCACCCCGAUACUACAGUUCCCAUGAGAUCAACAGAUUCACUGAUGACGGUAAACUCACACCCGGUACUCGUGAAUUGUUACUGUCGAUGAAUCGUCACUUUGACAAUUUACCCGUCAAUUUGAGUAUGUCUGCUGUUCUUUUUCCGCCGAGUGUUGACGACUCUGACAGCCAAGUCUCAUCUGGGCUCCAGUGGAGCGAUCAUUUAGACCCACUUUUUGUCAAUAAUUAUGAAAGUGAUCCCACUUUACCUGAUGACCCGGACGUCUAUGACUUCCGUAUGUCUGACUGGUUCGUCGGUGGUGCUACUUGCCCCAAAGAUCUGGCAAUUCUAGUCGACAGUACGAGUUUUUCAUCUAAAAAAAUCCGCAAGCUGGCUAUAGCCACGACAAAAAGUAUCUUAGACACACUGUCGACGAACGACUACGUGAAUGUCUAUCGCUUUUCUGAGAGUGUUGAGGAAACUGUUCAAUGCUUCAAGGAUUCACUGGUGCAAGCGUCACCGGAAAAUGUACGCAGCCUAAAGAACUCAUUGUACUCAAUACAAUCAGAUUCGACGGCAAAUGUAUCAGCCGCAAUGGCCACUAGCUUUGAAAUUCUCUACAAAUACAAUAGAACUGGAAAGGGGGCUCAGUGCAAUCAAGCUAUUAUGUUGGUUACUUCUAAUACUGAGGCUCCGUCAUCAGACCUUAUUAAAAAGUACAAUUGGCCUCAUAUGCCCGUCAGGAUAUUCACCUAUCUUAUUGGUGGGGACAAAAGUUCAGAACUUCAAGAAAUGGCUUGUGUUAAUAAAGGUUUUUACGCGCGAGUGACGUCAAUGGAAGACGUAAAAAGUAAAGUUUUUGAGUACGUCAAAGUUUUAGCACGACCUAUGGUUUUGUAUCAACACGAUCAUCCAAUUCAUUGGACACCUGCUUAUGUAGGCGGUGAGAGCAGUAGAUACGGCGAAGAAAGACGUGGGCAAUUAAUGACAUCAUUGGGUGUAAAUGGCUACUCGUUUAUCGUCGACAAUAAUGGUCGUGUCUUGUAUCAUCCAGAUCUACGUCCUUUGCCGACAAGUCCAAAUUAUGAAAACUCAUUGCAUCCUAGAUACACGAGCGUUGACUUGUCAGAAGUUGAACUAGCUGAGUUUGAAGGACCUAGUUACAUUUAUAAUAAUAACUCGCUGCUUUUUGAUUUAAGGCGCGAUAUGAUUGAGCAAAAAGAGGGAGAGACAAAUUUUGCGGUGAAAAUUCAUUAUGACAAUAUGAAACGUGUAACGAUUCGUCGACACAAUUAUUUUUACGAGCCUAUUGUCGGGACUCCGUUCUCUCUGGGGUUAGCACUGCCCGAGGGCUAUGGUAUGCUGGAAGUGCUCGCCGAGCUGGAGCUGAAACACGCUAUUUUAAAUGUGUUUGACUAUCUAAAUGGAAGUAAUUGGAAAGUUCACCCGGAUUGGGUUUACUGUGAGUACAGCUCGGCGUCUGAUAAGCAAUUUUCAACCCCCGAGGAACGUAUUCUCCAUUUCCUCGGUCGUACUCGUAUGCCCGGCGAUAAAAGAUUAGUACAAUCACUAGUUAUGGAUGCAGUAGUAACUGGUGGGUUCAAUAAAAGAGACUCUAACUUGAUGCACAGGGAAGAUAAUCAGAACCAAGGAAAAGGGAGAUUCGACGUCGUCCGAAGUUUCAUCGCUACGAGGAGUGGUCUCUUUCGAUGGCACGACCAUCAAGACAAUAAGGAAGCCGAAGACGAACCGCAUUUCGCUGACAUGAACAAAAGAGCUAUGGACACAUCAUGGUACAAAAGAGCCGCGGAACAGCACGCUGUGGAGCCUGAGAGUUUCGUAUUUAGUGUGCCUUUCAACGCCGCGGAAAUGACGGAACCACUUGUAACGGCAACUCACGCAGUCUUCUUCGAGGGUAAAAAUCAACAUAAGGCACCAGCUGCUGUUGUUGGUAUCCAACUACAGCAUUCAUCAUUAUCAUCCCAUUUCAUGAAUAUUACUUCCACGUGCACUUCUUGCAAGAAAAAUUGCGCGUCUCAAGAUCUGGACUGUUACAUCCUUGAUAACAGCGGAUUCAUAAUUAUUAGCGAAAAUAAUGAACACACGGGAAAAUUUUUCGGUGAAAUAGAUGGUACUAUAAUGGACUCGCUCGUACAGGACAGGAUCUACAGUCCGGCAUUUGCCUGGCCAAAUGACGCUAAUUCAGAUGACGUUGAUAUUAAAAGUGAUGACGAGACAAAUUCUUACGAAUCGAAAAAUUUGUCGGAAGAGCCAGCGGCUGGAAGCGAUAAGGCACCUUCAUUUCCGGCGGUAGUGUCUCCUCCAACAGUUCCGCCUGCCUCUCACGCAACAUCAGCUCAAUAUACGAUCAAUAAAGUACGCCCGUGUGAAAAGAAGACGGAUCUGUAUAUUUUGCAGCCUGAAAGAUUGAACACAAGUGGUCAGAGCAAUCCACUAAAGGGUAAAUUGACGAAUUGCCAUGUAACCGGAUGCGAGAGGCCUUUCAGUGUCCAAAAGAUUCUUCACACGAAUCUUAUUUUACUGGUGGUGGAUACACUUUGUCCGUGUGGCAGUAAGCAGCUUAGUAUCGAGCCCGUCGAGGCAGUUAACGAACCAGGAGUUUGUUCAACACGACGUGAACGUCUCUAUCGACGACGACCACCUAAAUGCAUCAAUUAUCAUCCUGAAGAAAUGGAAAUAAAAUAUUGCGGUAGCGCUAAAAAAUUUUACUUAUCGUACGGCCUCAUUGUCGCCUUGUUGUCGAUAUACUUUACGUGA